CACAGUCGCCGAACUCAGAUCCAGUUGUAAACAGAUUAUAAUCUACCCCUCUCCAAAGAUCGUAGACCGAUUUGUGUUUUAAUAAUUACACAGCAAAUACAGCAAUCUCAAAAACACACGUUACGCGUUUACUUCUCCACCACUGGUUAGGCAAGUAAUUCCCGGGAAAGAUCGAAAAUGUAGCCACCAGAAAAGGGAGACAGGAAAUUGCUUGUUCAUCCUUUAUCAGCAGAAGCGGGUGAGUCAGCACUCCACGAUGUUGCGCCACAGUGCGCUGUGCAUGACUUGACACCGCUUUAUCACAGUCCAUUUGCUCGACAAAUACGGUUCUUACGACGUUUCCCACCAUGUCUGUGGACAGUCCGCGAUCGUCUGUGUUCACAUUCCAGUCAGCGAUUCACAGUGACCAUGUGUUGCGCUGCCUCGACGAGCAACGGCGCAGGGACACGCUAUGCGACGUGACGGUGGUGGUGGAGAGCAGAAGUUUCCGAGCCCACCGCGCGGUCCUGGCGUCAUGCAGCGACUACUUCGGCGCCCGGUUCUCCAACCACGGAGAACCAGCGGCGGUCAUCAGCUUACCUGAUGAGAUAACUGUGGAGGGAUUUGAGCCUCUACUUCAGUUUGCCUACACGACAAAACUCCUCUUCACUAAAGAAAACAUCCUGGAGAUCCGCAGUUCCGCCGCAGUCCUGGGCUUCAAGAAUCUGGACAACUCCUGUUUCGAAUUCCUCAUUCCAAAAUUCUUCAACAAUACCAACAAUGCGCCGUGCGUUCCACGGAAGCCAUGUUGCCGCAGGAGGAAGUGUCCACCACCAAAGGACUUCUUCACCUCUCAGAGCGCGGAGAGCGACGUGGACGCCGACAAACCCACCUCCCACCAGGCCACACUGGAUGAAGAAGAAGAUGAGGAGCAGCAAGAGCCGAACAACGCCACCUCCAAACUUCAGGAGCAGCCACCGUCACAGCAGCAGAGCAAGGACGAUGCCAGGGACGGCAACGCCACUGGCCAGGACGCCAGCUCACCAACUGAUUACUCUCUGCACUGCAAGUACCGCAAGUUCCAGAAGGCCUAUCGGAUGGAGUCCAGUGGCGGGGCGGAGACGUCCUCCAUCAUGUCCCCUGCCACCACAGCUGAGGACAUGUGUCCCUGGACUGGCCUGGCCUGCACGCGCAUGGAGGAGGACGAGGACGAUGACACCAAGGACGAGGAUGCCAAGGAUUCAGAGGUGCCCACGUCUAGCAAAUACAUCCCUGCCGUGACAGAGAGUUGCACUGACACCUCGAGCACCCCGCUACCCAAACCUCCUCCUCACUCAGACUCAGAGCCCUCUGAGAUGCAGUGUUGUGAGGACGCGUCUGGGUCGAGCUGUGGAGGGGCUGCUGCUUCUCCAAAAAUAAAGAUGGAGGAUAUGGCUGAGGAGAUCUCAGACAUGAGCUGUGAGGGGCCAGGAGCGAUCGACAUGAGGGCAGAGGACUCGGGCAAACCUACCCCAACUGAGACCCACCCUUCAGGUGGUGGUGGUGGUGGUGGUGGUGACAUACUGCGGAGGAAGAAAUGUUCUCGACCAACGAAAGACUCGCUUGCUUGCCUCGACACUGACAUUGUCACCUCAGCCGAUGGUGGUGACCGGCUGCGAGAACCACAUAGCGAGCCAACUCAGGUGACAGCAUCCGAGAGGAGCAGCAUCGAGCAAGAGGUGGCAGAGCACCUAGCCAAGGGCUUCUGGCCCUCCGAAGCCACCCAGGCCUCCUCCAGCGGACCCUCUGUCCCCUUGGGGCACUGGCUCACGGGCAUCAUCCAGCGAGACUGCCCGUUCCUGCGGGACCUGGGAGCCGUGGGCGCGCACGUGCCCGCCAACGGUGGCGCGGAGGAGUCCGGCGGCGGCAGCAGCAGCGGCAGGGCCCAGGGGAGCCCGUACAUCUCCUCGCAGAACUCGGGCGAGGAGGAGUCGGACAGCCUGGACACGGAAGGGGAUAGCGAGUUCUACAGCAGCGAGAGAGCAUGCGAGCUUCCCUUCUCGGUGGAGCGGAUCGCGUCCCUGAGCCGUAACGACUUCCAGCAGAUGCUGAAGCACCAUGAAUUUACGCGUGAGCAGCUGGACUUCGUCCACGACGUCAGGCGGCGCAGCAAGAACCGCAUCGCCGCCCGCCGAUGUCGCAAGCGGAAACUGGACUGCAUCCACAACCUGGAGAGCGAGAUCGAGAAACUGAGGACGGAGAAGGACAAGCUGACGACGGAGCGGGACCGUCUGAAUCAGCAGCGUCUGCUGACGUGGCAGAGCUUCUCGGGCCUGUACGAGAAGGUGUGCAGCGAGGCCGCCCUCCGACCGGAGCAGCUGCAGGUGCUGGCUAAGUACUCCCCGUCCUCCUGCCCGCUCUUCGCCCUGCUCUCCCCUCUCAAGUCCUUCAUGGCUCAGUCUCACGCACCACUCGAGCUCCAGGACUCGACCUCGGCCUCCACCUCCUCCAUCUCUUGUCUAGGGCUCUCGAGUGGUCAGGACAGCUGCGGUGAGCCCUCCACCAGUUUUGCCAUGGAGGGUAUAUUGGGCGAGGCACAGGCCUCAGGACCUCAGGUGCUUGCUCCCCUAAGCUCCUCCGGCUCGUCCGCCUCCUCUAGAAAAGGUUUAAAGUCCUCCUCUUCCUCAUCCUCAUCCUCAUCUUCCUCCUCCUUCUUUGGACUUGGUGCCUUCGCGAGUAUGCGCCCUGAGCCUGUGAGCAAACUCAUCUCAGACAAGUAGCCGCGCACACUGCCCUCUGUCUACGCUUGGUGAUGACAGAAUGGGACUCAGGCAUACAGUAGUAUGAUAAACUCAAGUCUUUUUUGCCGGAGCAUGUGUUUUACUUAAAAGGAGUCUUCCCCAACAGGCUGCAAUAAAGUCCUAUGCAGCUGACUGUCAUACUAUA